AUGGCACAGCUAUCCUUCAUCCACACCGACCUCAAUGACUUGUUCCUACGCGCCUUCAAAGAAUGCGCCACCAGCAUCGUUAACAACCUGUCGACCGACGCCAACGAUCCCGCGACGACAGCAGCCAUACAGACAAUCGUCGCUCAGCUCAACUACGACUACAGCCGCCUUGCAUUUGUCGUAGACAAUGUCCAAGGGCGCAUCUACCGCGACCCAGCAUGGGUGGACGCGGCGGUGGCAGCCCUUGACCUCAUCGCCAUGUCCGUCGACCCAGCAUUCAGGCAUCCGGUUUUGCAGAUCAGAGGGCCAUUGCUUGUGCAGUAUCAGCUGAUGAAGGUCUUGCAAGCACGGUUCACUGAGAUGAUGGCAAUCGGUGCUUGGAGUCGCGGGUUUAUCCUCUUUAUCGGGCGGCUGGGUGCUACAAGGGACAGUAUUGGGAGCCUCACACCGGGGAUUGCUCUGCACAUACUUACGAGCAUGAUUGACGCGAGCCAGCUGUUUGGUGGGCAGAAUCUUGAUAUGCUUCUUGGGUUUGUAAUCGCUGUUGGACCGCUCUUGGAUAUGCAAGCCUUGGAUGUCGUGGACCGGUUUGGCGAGAAACUACGAUUGUUGCAGGAGCGUGCGAAACGUAGGGACACCAUGACAGGUUUGUCGGUGUUUGGCCUGUUGAAACUGCGAGAGUCAGGCUGGGGAGUGGGAGGGACCGAUGUCUCGUAG